CAGCAGCAGUAGCACGCACGUACAGCAGUCGGUCCGUCGACGAGUUUGGUACACACACGUCGUUGUCGUCAACCGUCAAACAAAUAUACCCGUCGUCGUCGUCGUCCCAUCGUCCAAUCGUCCCAUCGUCCCAUCGUCCCAUCGUCCCUGCGCCGUCGACGGGACGCCACCGCCGCAAGACCCUGUUGGUGGACCUCGACCUAAUCGCGUCGACACACGGUUUAAUUCACGAGCACGGGUUUACGCUUUUAUAGGGGCACGGCCGUUGCCGGGACGGGCGCGCGUAGGGCGUCGCCGACCGACAUGGAGCCUGUCACCACUUCGACGACGUGGGCAACCGUGCCGUUAGUGUGACAUGGACAAACGUGAACACGUGGGGAAAUUGCCUCCGCUGGCCUCAUCCGAAGACCUCAGUGAGGAUUUAUUAUUAGACAGUCCAGACGCAGGUACCAUCAGCAAAUGUUUAGAAGAUAUCCAAGAGGUGCCCAGUACGCCAGCCAAGUCGCUGAGACAACAGACAAUAUGUUUGGGAAUGCCCAACACCCCGAGGAUAGAUAUUUCUCGAGCCAGUAGUUCUUCGCACCACGACGACAGUAGUCCUGAAAGAGAAUUGUUUGUCGACGCCGACGGAAAAUCAGUCGAAUCAGUGAGAUCCGGCUUCGGUUACACCGAAGAAAUAAUACCUGACCUUCACAGCAGUACCGAAGAAUUAAAUUUCCACGACUUAACUGAAUCUGAAAUAAGGAGGCGGCGAUCAAAAUUGCAGCCUCAAUACGCGGUCUCUGAUGCUACUAUGGAUACGGAUUUCGCGGCCGACCGAAGGGAUACAGCUAGCGAAUCCGGUUUUUUGUGCAUAAGUGGUCGUAGCAGCCGUGUGUCUUCUGUAGGCUCUAUACACUCUACUGCUUCCAUAGCAUCAGCAGCAUCUCGAUUAUCCGCCGCAUCGAAUUAUUCCAGAACUUCCAGGGGUUCCUCGCCACACAGAGUUCUCUUGGAGACAUCAUUCUGCGGACCAAAAUCACCUGAACACUUCUCCAACCGUCAGCUACUUUUCAACGACGACGAAGAAGACCUUAGCGAGCCAACGGUUAAGCCCAAACUAGCAGACACGGAAACCCAAACGGAGCCUAGGCCCAAGAAGGUGCAUUUGGAGUCGGUUAAAAGAGAAAUUAAAAGCGAACAAGUCAAAGCCAAAGUAAAGAAAACGUCGAAGCCAAAAGAAAAACGCGUCAUGGAAGAAUUACCAAAAGAAAAGAAAUCAAAGACAAAACCUUCGUCGAAAGUAAAAGUGGUUUUAGACAACCCUAAAACUCAGAAAUUCGUACCUCUAGAAAGUCUCGACGACGACGAUGUAGAAAUCAUUCAGGGCAAUGCGCCCAAACAAAAUCCGGUUGCCAUAUCGUACGAGCAGCCGAAGACGCAAGCGAAGAAAAUAAGCGGAGAGAAUCAAAUUUACAUUCCACUAAAAGGUGAUCCGAACGAAGCAGCAAAUCCUACAAGCCCGAAACGCUUGAAACCGUUUACAAACCCGACACUGUUGAAGUUCAUCAACAGAGACCCGGCUACUAUCGAGUCGUCCAGACGGAUAAGGAGACCUGUGAGAUCAGGAUCACCGGGAAUCAGGGAAGAGUUCCAAAAGUUUAUAGCCUGUGCCGACGAUGAAGCCGACGGCGUACCGGUCAAUCCCGUGAAAUUGCGAAAACAACUGAGCAUCGAAAUGACAAAAAGAAAAUCAAUAGACCAAGACUGUUCUUCCAGGUCCAUAUCGCCGUCGAUAUUCGAAGAAUUUCAAAAGUUCAUAGCGGAACCAGAAGACGGCGACGUCAACGUAACCCGGCUCGAAAACAAAAACCGUUCGUCUGCCAUAUCCAUCACAAGCCGUGAGGUCCAAUCAGUAGUAGGCUCGGGGAUUGCUGCCACAGACAGUGCGAAUAUCGGCCGGUCGUUGUCUCCGUCCAUCCACGAGGAAUUCCAAAAGUUCAUGGUGCAGCCGGACGACGAAGAAAAAGGCGUUAUCCACAACGUGUUACCCCAGUCGGCCUACAAGAUCCCUAUUGAAGGAAGUCCGUCGCUGUCGGCUUCCGGCGUCAACAUCCGGUCAAUCUCGCCGAGCAUCUACGAAGAAUUCCAAAAGUUCAUCGUCGAACCAGAAGGCAACGACAAUUUACUACCGCCACCGCCGCCGAGGAAACACGACCAAGAUCAAGAUCAACCGCGCAGCAGGUCCGUCAGCCCCGGGAUUCUCGACGAGUUCCAGAAGUUCAUCAACGAACCCGACGACGACCUGACUGGUAGGAAAAUAUGCGAUCCUCCGCCGCCGCCCAGAAGCCCCCAGCCGGUAAACGUGCAAGUCCACGACGCCCUGGCCUACAACUCGGUAGUGUCCACCAAAAACGGAGAUGCCAGACCCAAAUUUGAUCCAAAUCUAGUGAAAAUCGUACCGCUAAAAAGCGUAGACGACCCGAACCCGACCGAAACAACGGUUACCGCCGCAUCGUCACCGCAAGAUCAGUACCUCAGGAGGCGAUCCGAGUCUUCCAGGGAGGCCAGACCAAAAACCGGUACCGUGGAAAAAUCCGCCAAAGAACGGAGGGGCUCCAGCCGUUCGUUGUUCGGAUCGCUACUGCAACGGGCCAGCAGUUUUAGGGGAUUAAACAGAAAGUCCCCGAAGCACAAGAGCACGUCGGAUUUCGCGGACAUCGAUCCGAAGUUUACAAACGUCGAGUUCAAAUUCAGACAGGAAGUGACGGAAAACGACUCCGUCAUCAUUCCUUUACAUUCGCCCAACGACAGUCCUGACGAGCUGAGCGAUUCGGAAUCAAACGUCACUAAAGCGGUCGUUCACGUGUCGUACAAUCCCAACCAAGAGGAAACGGAUAAGCAGAGUACUCAAAACUCGCCCACUGCCUCAGGGAAAAUUCUUCAAAGAGAAUUUGCUACCGUCGUCAGUUGUCCUGUCGAUAUCCAAGUAGGCGACUACUCCAAAGAAAUGACGUUAAACCCGAAACCUUUGUCACCGCUGUCAUGCCUACCAAACAGGUCGGUGGAUCUGGUGAAAUCCAACGAUACAUCACCUGAUUCCGAAUCCACGUUGACCAUUAUCGGAACCGAAGAAGAAAAGAAAAAAUUGUUUGGUCAACCCGAAUCGGUCGAAGAAGAACUACCCAUCGUACCGACAACUCUUCCACAAGAAAGGUCUAUGGCCGCACCCAUCGUACCCGUCAGACACCGAACCGCUGCCCCGAAGACCUGCUCGCUGGAGAGACCAGUCAAGUGCAGUGUACCUAAAGUUGACUUAUCCGUUGGGCUGGAAACCUACGCUGUUUCGGCUGCAUUCGAGGAGGCAACCGUAGUUUCGGGGAAACUUCAAAUCAAACUUCCACAGUUCAAAAAAACGCCCGUCCAAGUGAUAAUGUCGACGUGUUCCGUUGUCGUGGCCGCAGAAGAGCCCGUCGCUGGCCGUCGUCGAAGAGCCCGCAGUAUGAACGCGGCGUUCACGUCGCCGCCGCCGCAGCCGCAGCAACAACACUGUGGCCGCGGCCGCUACUACUGGACGGAUUUCAGCGACAGCUGUGGCGACAAGCCCAAGUCGCCGAUGAAAAUCACCGCCCUGCCCGCGUCGCUGCAGCCGCAACAACGCAGAACGACGUCGCACACCUUGGACGGGUCCGCCGGCGGACGGUGCGGGUGCGAUUGCCACCACGACCUGUGGCCUGCCGUCUCGAGGAACCGAAGCGACACCACCUAAAUGGGUGCAUUCGGACAAACACCACUUUUGAGUAUUACCAAAAAAUGUACCAAACAGAUACAACAAAAAAAAAACGUUAAUUACCUCUUCAAAAUCGUCGUCCCUAUUUCCAUUUAUUUUAUUUUAUAUUAUAUACAUAUACAUAUAUAUAUAUAUAUAUAUAAAUUAUUAUUACAUUACAUUUGCAAGUAAAAAAAUUUAAAAAAACGAUUUUAAAAUUCCAUUUUGUGGUCAUUUAUUAUUAUAAAAAUUGGGUCACGUUCAAACUAACAAAAAUACAAAAAAAAACACUGCCAAUCUUAAGUUUAAAAAAAAAAAACCAUUUUAUAGCUAAAUAUAUAUAUUAUUAUAAAAACAGAAAGAAGAGCGGAUGACGUUUUGUAAAAUAAAAAAACAUCUAAUACACAUUUUUAUGUGAUAAACACAUGAAUACACUCGUACUUACUCUUCCUGGUGGCAAAUUUUCACGUUAUCGACGUUGAGCCUAUAUUUAAAACGUUUGUACUCGAUUUGGUUAAUCGACAAAAUUGGUAUAGUUAUGUUAACUAACAACAUCUCUAAUAAAAUCACAAAUUGUACAAAAUAUAUUGUAAUAAACGAAUACAUACAUACGAUUUACGUUAUUACUUAUUAAACAAAUUGAAUGUAAUGAUUUCAUAGACUUUUUUUGUAUAAUAAUAUAAUGUUUUAGACGCAUAUUAAAGGGAAAAAAUUCAUCCAAUAGUUCUUUAGGGGCCAUCGCGAAAAGAACUAGUUUUUUUUUUCUUUUUUGUAUUAAUGUAUUUAUUCUAAAAUAAUAAUACAAUACCAAGUGCUAUAUUAUAAUGUUAAGUGUACACGCUUGUAUUCCAACCGGAAAAAUUAUUGUAAUUUUGUUUGUUUUACAAUAAUAUUAGAGUUUAUUCGGUUUUUUUCAUAAUAAUAAUAUUAUAUUAUAUUGUAAUAUUUUCUACAUUUUAUUCCCCAUAGUUUUUAUCUUUGCUCGUACGUUGUUGUUGUUGUUAUUGUUGUUGUUGUUAAAUGCAUUUUACCCGUUAAGAGUUUCCGGUUUAAGAAAAUCACAUAAAUUCCAAAAGGGGGUUGACUACAAUACAUUAAGGAGGGUCAGGGGUUGACUAUGGUAUAAGGCGUGGUCAAUAUAAAUUCACUUAAUUGGUUUUUCCGUUAUUUUAUAAAUUAUUAUUAUUAUUAUAUUCUUAGAUGUUGUAAUAGAAAAUAUAAUAUAGAGUUGUGUGCCUACCCAAACGCUCUUUAAAAUAAUAUGUAAUUUUAUUAUUGAUAUUUUACUAAUAAUAACAAUUUGUAUUAUUUUGUCGUUAAGUUUUUUUUUUUUUUGCAUUCUAGACUUUCUAAACCAAAAGUAAAUAUACAUUAUAUGCCUAGAACAAUAGACGUUGAUUAAUUAGGACGUUAAUUUUGUACUUGUUUAUUAUAUUAUUAUAAUAGAUUUAGUGAAUAACCCAUUUUCCCUUGAUUUACUAUAUUGUAUUGUUAUAAGUUUUUAAUAUGUAAGUUAUUCACGGAAAUACUUGUUGGUUUUUUUUUCGUUCACUUUAUGAAAUGAUAAAUAUUAUUAUAAAUAAUAAUUGAUUAGAAGCUGUUGCGGGUGGCAAACCUCGCCUUGUAUACCUACUAUAAAAUUGUGCUUUCACUUAUUUUUCAAUUAUUUACUAUGUAACCGUAUAUUAAUUGUUAUCUACUGACAAAAUAUUUACAUGAACAGAGCAAAAUCAAUUAGAAAUUCAGUGGCGCCCUUACAGAUAAUUAAUUAUUUGCAAUGAAUAGUUUUUUUUUUUAAGAAAUUUGGCGAGGUAAUAUUAUAUUUUGUAUCGUCACUUUUCUAUUCUAUAAAAUAUAAAAUCAUAUUGUCUAUGGGCUAGUACAAACAGUAUUAUGACUAUCUAUAAUGAUUAGUUUAAAAAGAGAAAAAUAAAAGGCUUGUAAAUCGAAUACCUACAUUUCUAUUGUGGCACGCCCGAAGUAGAAAUAAACGUUGAAAUUUAAACUACACAAAAUGCAUCGUUGUAGAAAAAUCGAUUACUGAUAGAUAAUAAUAUCUAUGUGUAUGUAAUUGUAGUUUAAAAACUCAACAUUUGUUGUAGAAACGUUGAUAAGAUGUGUAUUAUUAGAGGGAAAUUGUUUAAUGAAAAAUAAACCCUAGGCGCCACUGAGGUCUUAAAUUUGUUUUCCUUCUAAUUUUAAUCAUUAAUGUAUUUUUUGUUAUUCGUUUUUUAACUUACCGAAACAAAAUGGUUAUUGUUGGAAUCGUCAAGCCGCUUCGCUGUUGACGGCGACGUGCACGACUGAUUUGUUUCCAUUUUUUUUUUUUUUAAACCUUGUUACGACGAAAAAAACCCUGUUAUUUUAUACUGUUGUUAUUAAUAAUUAUUAUAUGAAUUACGUACGUGGAACAUUAUACAAUAAAGCAAAGAAAAUCUAC